CAGAGACUGCCAACUUCCCGAACAAUGAAGGACAAGCUAUAUUAAGGAUGGCGUGAACAGAAACUCUGCAAUCAUUGGAGGUAUCAUUGCCGUGGUGAUCUUCACCAUACUGUGCACCCUGGUGUUCCUGAUACGCUACAUGUUCCGCCACAAGGGGACCUAUCAUACCAAUGAAGCUAAGGGAGCCGAAUCUGCAGACAAUGCUGAUGCUGCCAUCAUCAACAAUGACCCCAACUUCACUGAGACCAUCGACGAGAGCAAAAAGGAAUGGCUAAUCUAA